CUACACAUUGCUGCACGUCAUGGCCGUGCCGACGUCGCCCGCGCUCUACUCGAGCACGGCGCGGCUGUCGAUGCGCAGACCAUGAGGGGAUCGACGCCGUUACAUAUUGUUGCACGAUAUGGUCACGUCAACGUCACGCGUGUUCUUCUCGAGUAUGGCGCGAACGUUACGAUCGCGGAGGACGACGGAUCGCGUCCGCUGGACUACGCGGAUACGAACAUGGACUCUGAAAUCAUAGAACUGCUUGUAAAGCACGGCGCCGGCAUCCAUCCAGAGAAC